AUGGCCUACGAAAUUGGAUUGAGUACGCCUGACGUGCCCAAUCGAGGUUUUCCACUGUGGAUAUGUAGUGUUGUGAUGGUUAUUACAGCUGGGCUAUUUGUGCUCUCCAGACUGGCGAUUCGUUAUCAUCAUAAUCGAUUAGGAUCGGAUGAUUGGAUGAUUUUGACAUCGUUGCCAGCGGUACAUCAUGGUUACGGAAAACAUGCUAAAGACCUGCCUCAUUACAAUCGAGUAACCGCCCGCAAGUGGUUCUUCGGCGCUCAAAUCAUGUACAAGAUCGUCAUCGCCGUGAAUAAACUCUCUUUCCUCUGUCUCUACCUCCGCAUCUUCCCGCAGCGAAUCUUCCGGUGGUCAUGCUAUAUCGGCUUUGGAUUAAUAACCGGAUGGGGUCUGGCAUAUCUCUUCGCUACUAUCUUUCAAUGCAAGCCAAUAGCUUCGUUUUGGGAUGUGACAAUCAAAAAUCCGCAAUGUCUGGAUAAAAAGGGUUUAUGGAUGUCAUAUUCCCUCAUCAAUAUCGGUUUCGAUCUAGCUAUUAUUGCUCUACCCAUAUACCCAUUGAGUCGACUACGUCUACAGCGCCUUAAAAAGAUUGGUCUUCUGGUUGUUUUUGGAAUGGGAGCAUUUGUCUGCGUGACGACUAUCGUCCGCACUACAACACUCGUUCAAUCAGCCGAGAACUCCGACUCAACUAGUGGUCCUCUACCUGCUACGAUUUGGAGUGUGAUCGAAGCAAAUACCGGUAUUAUCUGCACCUGUCUUCCAGUCUUCAGACAUCCGCUACAAUAUCUCUUUCCUAAAUUCUUCGCCUCUCAGUCUAAUAUUGACCAUUACAAUCCAUAUGGUGCAUGUCACACUCCGCAUCUCACCCCCUCCGAACGCAAUCUCACCAGCGCCCAAGAUGAUGCGUGGCGGGAUGAUCAUUCUUCCAAGUAUGGUCUUGAGAUGCUUACCCCGGAUGGUCACAGGGAUAGUCAUGGGAUCACUAAGGUGACAGACAUCAAAGUCUCCUAUGACCGACGAUCGGAGGCUUUGUCGCAGCCAGCCCGGUCGAAGGAGUUUUGA